ACCAUCGAUCAGUCGAUCGAUGUACAUACAUACAAUGAGAGAGAGAGACGGGCGUUGCCACAAAGGAAAGAGAGAUCAGAGAAACCCUAUAAAGCAAGUGUAGAGAGACAAAUCUCAAUUCAAGGAGGUUGUGGUGGUCCUCAUGUCCUGCCCCUAAUACUCCAAAAUCACCACCAAACUAGUCUUGUAGCUAGGAGUUAGUCCAUUGUUCUCACACCUAUCUUCUUCUUUUUCUUUUUCUUCUUCUUCGGUGGUCAUCGAGCGAGCUUCUCAUGCAGGAGUACUGAUCGAUCGAUACACUCACCAUCCACCUUGCUCUUCGAUCUGUCAAGCCCAACGAUCCUUACACAGUAAUCGAUCGAGCAAAAACCAUAGCUGAUCGAAUCUGCACCAAAAAGUUAGAGAGAUUAAUUUAGGACUAGUAAUAAUUUUGUAUAUAUUAGAAUCUCUAGUUGUUGCUAGUGGCCCGGAUCGAUGCUUGAGGUGUCCACGCUGCGAAGCCCUAGCAAGGCGGAUCAGCUUGGGUUCGUCGGCGACCAUGUCGGGUUCCCCAGCAUGUCCGCCACCGACUGCGUUGACUUCAUGGUCGACGACAACCUGCUCCUCGACUACAUCGACUUCAGCUGCGACGUCCCGUUCUUCGACGCCCACGGGUACAUCCUCCCGGACCUCGAGGUCGACCCCACGGAGCUCCUCGCCGGGUUCUCCACCCCGGACGACCCGACAGUGAGCCCGGCGUCAGACGGUUGCCGAGCCCGUGGCGACGCCGAGGCGAAGCCCCCGGACGUGAAGAGCAAAGGGAAGGAUUUGUUAGAAGACAAAGAUGAAACGAAGCGGUUGUUGCAAGAUGUGAAGAACGGGGAUGAGGUCUUGAGCGACACCAAGCCGUCGGCGUCGGCGUCGGCCAAGAACACCCAUGGCAAGCGGAGGGUGAAGGUGGACUGGACGCCGGAGUUGCACCGGAGGUUCGUGCAGGCGGUGGAGCAGCUCGGGAUGGACAAGGCCGUGCCGUCCCGGAUCCUGGAGAUCAUGGGGAUCGAGUGCCUCACUCGUCACAACAUUGCCAGCCACCUCCAGAAGUAUCGGUCGCACAGAAAGCACCUCAUGUCGCGAGAGGCAGAGGCGCAGAAGCGGCGGCAGAUGCACGCGCCGACGAAGGGCAUGCCACUGCCAGCUGCAGCAGGCCCGCGGGUCGUGCCGACCAUCGGGUUCCCGCCGCCUCCGCCGUUCGUCGGGGUCGGGCCGCUGCACGUGUGGGGCCACCCGCCCACCGCGCCCGUCGCGGUGGCGGCACCCAUGCUACCCGUGUGGCCACGGCACCUGACGCCGCCCGGCCGGCCGCUGCCGCCGGUGGACCCGGCGUCGUACUGGCACCAGCAGUAUAACGCGGCGAGGAAGUGGGGCCCACAUGCAGUGACAGAAGGGACACCUUGCGUGCCGCCGGCCGCCAUGUUGCAGAGGUUUCCUGCGCCGCCGGUGCCGGGGAUGGUGCCGCACCCCAUGUACAGACCGAUCCCGCCGCCGCCGCCUCCUCCUCCGCAGAGCAGCAAGGUCGCCGGCUUGCAGCUUCAGCUCGAAGCCCACCCGUCCAAGGAGAGCAUAGAUGCAGCCAUUGGAGAUGUUUUAGCGAAGCCAUGGCUGCCACUUCCCCUCGGGCUGAAGCCGCCGUCGCUGGACAGCGUCAUGUCGGAGCUGCAGAAGCAAGGCAUACCCAAGGUCCCACCGGCGGCGACGAGCGCCAGCUGAUCGAACGGUUUCCACCUCUCGCCGCCGGCGACGGAUCGAUGAUAUGCAUGGCGCAUCGGCACGUUCAUGCAUGCAUGCUUUUGUGUAGAUUAGCAGCAGCAGCAGCAGUAAUCAUUUGAGGGUUGCGUGUUUUGUAAGA